AUGGCUGUCCCAGCGCAGUCGCACAGGGACGAGCCGGUCACGAGAUCGGUGAUCGAUUCUACCGCCUGCGCUGAGCGCCUCGCCGCCAUUGCUGCGGCACUCGAUUGCGGUCCCUGGUAUCCGCGGCGGCGGGAGGAUCGGCAGCGGCACCGAGAUCCCGGCUCAGGCCACGGCGGGAGCUUUGCGUUAUUCUUGGAAAAUUGUGCUCCAGCAGUGAAUUCAUUGAACUUCGGCAUUACCAAUCCACUUCUAUUAGGCUCAGCAAAUUUGCAGCUCGCCCAGAUUAAAGCCCAGCUGGCCCUACAGCAGCUGAACUCUGUCGCCUCUACAACUUUAUCGAAUACAGCUCUUGCAUCUCUGAACCAAGCUCUUGUGAAGAUCAACAUGUCCAUGUUCAAUGCCAGGGGGCCAUUUGGCCAGAAUCAGGGCCCUCCAAACCAGUUUGGGCAAAGUCAGGUCCCUGCAAGUCAAUUUGGGCAAAUGCAGAGACCUACCACCCAGUUUGGGCAGAAUCAAGGUUCGGCCAGCCAGUAUGCUAUGAAUGCUCCUGGAACCUAUAUGGCAGGAGGAGCUGGAGCAGCAGGACGAGGAAUGGGAUUGGGAGCUCAAGGAACAUCACCUGGCAACUACAGUGGAAUGAACAUGGGAAUGAUGAAUCAAUCGGGGAAUAAUGUAGGCUUAGGUCAGUGGCCUUCCUACCAGAGCCCAUCAUCUGGAGGUUAUCGGCCUGGAUAUGGGAGUGCCACAACCUCUUCAUCUCAAAGUGGAGACCAGAGAUCUGCAGUUCAGCUUUUUCAUGACACAAUGAAGGCUUCUAAUAUCCUAGCAAACUUCGGUCUGUCUAAUGAAGACCUAGAAGAGCUAAGUCGUUACCCAGAUGAGAAGCUUACUCCAGAAAACAUGCCAUACAUCUUAAGAGAAAUUAGAAUGCGGAAGAUGAAUAAACAGCAGUCGUCAAGCAGUUACAGUCAGCCGUAUAAGCUCCAGGACAAAGACUACAGAAGGGAAGCGGUGCAGAGCAGUGUCGUUGAUUACGGGCACGGUCAGCAGUAUGACUAUCGGGAUAGACCCGUGGAGAGCCCAAGCAUGCGUUACAGUCGCGAAACGCUGAGGGAGGGUACCUGGAAUGAAGACUUCAAGCGUCCGACUCAGAAUUAUCAGAUGGAGUCUUCUCGAGAUGAGAGUUCUCAUGGAAUUAAACGAUCGGUGAAGAAGGGAUUGCCAAAACCCAAGCUGAUGAAUGAUUACUAUGGCGUCCCUGCACUGAGGUUCCCCCACGUGUGCAGUUUGUGUAACAUAGAAUGUAGACAAAUGAGGGAUUGGGAACGUCACAAGAAAACAUCUGUCCACUAUGAUAGCUGCCGUCUUUUACUCAAAGAGUAUCCAGAUUGGGACCCAGAUGCAGUUCCUCCAACAAAAGAUGAUCUUGCCAAGAAAGAGAAAGAAGCAGUGGCCACAGAUCAGGCUGCCACAUCCUUCAGUUCAUCGCGGAUGAGUCCGAAGCAUUUAAGCCCACGUCGCAUGAGCCCUCACAGAACCAGUCCAAGGCGCCCAAGUCCUCGCAAGUUCAGUCCACGACGUUCAAGCCCUCGCAAAGUCAGCCCAAGACGCAUGAGCCCACACCGUUCCAGAUCCAGUCCAAGGCGCACCAGCCCACACCGAUCCAGGGGCAGCCCCAGGCGCACCAGCCCCCACAGGUCAAGGUCUAGCCCUCGGCGGUCCAGUCCUCACAGAUCCAGGCCACGGCGUAUGAGCCCCCACAAAUCCAGGACAAGCCCCAAGCAUUCAAGUCCACAAAGGUCUAGCCCGCGCAAGUCUAAUACAAAACGUAAAACUCAGAAAGAAUUGCCUACUAAGAAUUCUAAUCAGAAGUCUCCAAAUCAGAAGGCUGUGAAGAGAGCUUCUGUCACUGGGAAACCCCAUGCUGAAGCAAAAAGCAAUACAGGGCACAUGGAUAACAGAGCGGCUACCUACCAUCGCCAGAUACUACUACAAUACAGGGAUCGCUCAAAAACAAACCUUCACAAAGAUCUGGCUGAAUUACGUGACCUCGGCUUGCUGAGGGGAACGGGCCUACAAUCUUCGGAAUCACCUGCUGCUGGUAUCCGGAGACGGAGAUGGAGACGUCGUAAGAGGAAGCGGAAGCAAGCUUCUGCUUCCGAGGAGGCGGAGUACCCUGAUGCUCAAGACAAGGCUAGUGCACAGCAGAUGAAUGAAAUGAGGAAGAGUGGACGUGUGGUUCACGUCACUGACCUACCACAUGAUGGCUACACUGAAGAAGACAUCUCAAAGCUGACCCAGCCUUUUGGAAAAGUUGUUGGCAUUAAAUUGGUCAGCUCCAAAAAUGAGGCUUUCCUGGAAAUGGCAUAUAAAGAGGCUGCAGUAGCAGUGGUGGAGUUCUACAGCAUCACACCAGCGGAAAUCAACCGCCGGCAGGUGUGCAUGACAUUACUGGGACAGAAGAAGGAUGUUCCAAAACUGGAUCAGAGUGAACAAUUAGAGAGCCAAGCUGCUGCCUUUGAAGAGAAAGAGAACACUGCAGACACUAGUGCUGUCCCUCAGACGACUAUGGAAGCAACUACUCCAUCUUCAGCUGAUGCAACAAUGAAAGAUGAAACUGCAGCAGCGCAGAAGACAGAGUCUGAGAAUGCUUCCCCCAAUGAUAAGGGUAGAGUUAUUCGAAUUAGCAACCUUCCAGCUAAAGGAUACACAGAGGAAGACCUGAAAAGAUUGGCAAAGCCUUUUGGAGAAGUGCUGAAUGUGGUUAUCACGUUCUCCAAAAACCAGGCAUACCUGGAAAUGGCGUGCAAAAAAGCAGCGACAAAAAUGGUGGAGUUCUACCGUCUUUCUACGAUCAAGCUCGAAGGAAAUGCUAUCAGUAUGGAAAUACUACAUCAGUAUGUGGAUCUGAGUGACAUGGAGGUUAUAUUUAAGGAUAUGGUUGAAGAAUCGGGGUUUAAACCAGAUGAUGGGCGCAGUAUAUAUGACCAUUUAGUUCACAUAAGCAAUCUACCCGAGGAUGGCUAUACUGAAGUUGACAUCCUUUGGGUUGCUUUCCGAUUUGGAAGAGUAAAAGCUUCAAUGUUCUUGAAACCACACAACAAGGCUCUUCUACACUUGGAGAAUGCGAAUGCUGCCAUAUCCAUGUGCAGCUUUUUCAGAGAAAUUCCGCAUGACUUCCAUGGAAAAACUCUGGAAUUUUCUUUGUCUCCUCAUGCAGGAAUUCUGCCAGAGAAUCAAGGAAAGGAAGACCAGCUGCCUGAGGAGAGUGGUGAUGCCAGCAAGGGACCAGAACCGAUGGAAACUGAACCAGCUGAGAAAGCAGAGUCUACGGAUGAUAAGAAAGCCCAGGGUACUUCAAGUGACAAAACCACGACAGAGUCCACCAAGCCAGAUGUAACCAUGGCCUCUGUUCCAGAGACUGACACUGUGGCAGCAACCACGACAGGGCCAGCUCCACAGAAUGUGGUCCCCACUACUGCUGUUGAGCCUUCUGCUACCAGUGCAGGUACCAUCAGCAGCACCCCACUCACCACCAAGCCUCCAGCUUCAUUUGCUUCAGGGACAGUGGCUGGCGAGACUGUAUUGACCUCUGGUUCAACAGAGUCGGGCCAGGCUGGCAAAGUUGUUCCGGUGAACCGAAACGCACCAUCCAAGCCUGCCGUGGUUGCAGCCGAAACAAUGGGAAAGUCCUCAGCAGUGCCUGCCGCAGGCAACGUAGCCAAGCCCGCAGAGUCCUGCGAGACCAAGCCCAUCAAUACAACUGGCCAGGCCACCAGCACCACGACUAAACCACCACAGGACACUGAGGGGGCAACAGGGCCGGAUGCAGCCCUUAAACCCACUGCUGUACCCGCUGGUAAGCCUAGCCCUGUGCCCAGUAACACUUCCACUUCCACAGUCACAACAGCAGACUCUGAGGUGGCAUUGAAACCAGCUGCAGCUUCCGGCAAAGCAAUGGCCUGUCCCACGUCCGCCAUGUCUGAACCUUCUGAUGCGACUGUAGAGAAGGCCAGUCCUGUCUCGGGUACCAUGGCCCCUGCAGGGACACCUACCGCUGAGGAAGACACUGCACCUGUGUCCACCCUCACCCCCUCUGCACCACCCAGAACCACAAACCCCUCACCAAGCACCACCACUCCCUCCAACACCACUGCCAGGCCGCCCAAGUCCAUGGUUGUAAAGCCAACAGGCAAAGAGAGCAGCGCAACCAAGUCGAGCGAGAAGAGGAACGCUCCGCCAAGGAGGGAGCAUGCAGCCAGGGAGACAGGAAAAGCCGGCACUCCAUCACGGGGCAGAAGCGCAUCCAAGGAAGACAGUGGAAGGAGAAGUUCUUCGCAUCAAAGAGAGAAGGAAUUCCGAUCCAGCCGCCGGCAUGUUUCCCAAUUUCAGAGGGACAGGGACAGGGAUUACAGAUCAUACAUGUGGAGCAAGACCUCCUCAGACAGAAACAGUAAGGACCGCAGGACCAGCAGCAGAAAUCCAAAGAGAGAAGCGGAACAGGAGGUCUUCCCCUUCAACCUGGAUGAGUUUGUGACUGUGGAUGAAGUGGGGGAGGAGGAAGACCUCGCCGGAGAUCAGAUCCCUGAAAAUCAACCUGAAAUCAGCACCGAAACAUCAGAAAGUACUGAGCUCAAACUGGUGGGAGCAGAAUCCACUGAGGACGUCCCAAACGCAAAGUCAGCUACAGCAACUGAACAGGUCGAAGCGGUGGAGACCACAGAAGUGACGUUGAAACCUGAGGCCACAGCCCAGCUGGAACCCCAGCCCAAGACAGCAGCUGAUGAGCAGCCAAUGGAGACGGAGACAGAGAAAGCAGCGGAGGCUCCCUCAGCAGAGCCAAGCAAAGCCCCUCUCCCAGACACCAGACCAGAGGCUGCAGCGCUCCCAGUCACAGAAACCACAGUUGCCCAGAGGGGGACCGCGUCCCCAGUGUCUGCAGGUGGUGAACCUGCCCGCAGCUCAGCGGCACCUCCACCCAGUAACCUCUCCCCUGUCCCUGCCUCUUCUGGAGGGGACGCCACAAAUGCAGGCCAGGAGCAGCGAGCAGAACCCAAGAUGAAGAGAGAGUCUCCACCUGAGGUGGAACCCGCUGUAAAGAGGAUCAGGCUGGCUGGUACAAAUCUCACUGAACUGAAGAUGCCUCCUUACAAGCCCAACAGCCCUGUCGGUGUUGAAUUUGUUGUCCCAAAGACUGGUUACUUCUGUCAGAUAUGUUCCCUGUUUUACACAAAUGAAGACACUGCCAAGGUGACCCACUGCAGCACGAUGCUGCACUACAAGAACAUGGAGAAAUACGUGAACCAGCGGAAAGAGGAGAUUCAGAGACAGCAGGAACGUGUGCCGAAACAGGAAAAGUGACUUAAUUCACUCCCUACAGAGUAUAUUUUGGGUCCAAGUGUUUCUCUCCACCCCCCCACCCCCCCUGCUCUCAGUUACAACAGUGUACAAAUGAUCUUUCCACUGUAAUGAUGAUGGAUUCUGUUUUUUUUUUUGCGUUAAUAUUGUCUUGUGUUUUUAUGGAAAUUGUAACAACCGGCGAUUCUGUUAUUCAAUUAAAAUUAUGUUCUACA